AUGAGUAUUUCAAACAACUCUUUUGUUGCUAUAUUCUUUCUUCUACUACUCUCUAGUAUGCAAUCCCAUGCACAACUUUCUUCCACAUUCUACAGCACAGUUUCACGUGAACGCUGUAUGUAUGCAUCCCUCAUCCGACUUCAUUUCCAUGAUUACUUUGUUCAGGGUUGUGAUGCUUCUAUCUUAUUUGAUGAGACCCAUACGCUUUUUAAUGAGAAGACUGCAUUGCCAAAUCUUGGGUCAACUAGAGGUUAUGGUAUUGUAGAAGAUGCAAAAAGAGAGGUUGAGAAAACAUGUCCAGGAGUUGUAUCAUGUGCUGACAUACUUGCAGUUGCUGCUAGGGAUGCAUCUACUCUUGUUGGAGGUCCAUCAUGGACGGUAAAAUUUAGAAGAAGAGAUUCAACCACUGCAAGUCAUACUCUUGCAGAAACUGAUCUUCCUAGUCCUUUUGAUCCUCUUGAUAGACUUAUUUCUGGCUUUGCCAAAAAAGGCCUUAGCACAAGGGAUAUGGUUCCUUUAUCAGGAUCACAUUCAAUAGGUCAAGCACAAUGCUUCCUUUUCCGUGAUAGAAUUUACAGCAAUGGAACAGACAUCGAUGCUGGAUUUGCUAGCACUAGAAGACGUCGUUGUCCUCAAGAAGACCAAAAUGGUAACCUAGAUCCACUUGAUGUGGUUACACCUAAUCAAUUGGAUAACAACUACUUCAAGAACUUGAGGCAAAAAAAAGAUCGUCUUCAAUCAGAUCAAGUUAUUUUGAGUGGAGGAUCUACAGAUGAUAUUGUUUUAGAAUAUAGCAAUAGCACUCACAUAUUUGCCUCUGAUUUCGCUGCUGCCAUGGUUAGAAUGGGAGAUAUUAGUCCGUUAACGGGCCAAAAUGGGAUCAUUUGUGGCUCCAUAAAUUAA